AUGGAUCUGACCAACUCCACUAAUCACCUGGUCAAUGUCUCCACUUUAGUAAGAAACAGCACUCACCUUUCAGCUUCGGCCUCAAAAACCACUGUGAUCAUUGCCCUUCCUUUGUUCAUAUCAUUUAUAAUUGGUACCAUCACCAAUGGCCUCUAUCUAUGGGUGCUAAAAUUCAAAAUGAAAAAGACUGUCAAUACGCUCUUAUUUUUUCAUCUCAUUCUCUCAUAUUUUAUUUCAACAUUGAUACUGCCGUUUAUGGCCACGUCCUACCUUCAGGACAAUCACUGGAACUUUGGAACUGCCAUGUGUAAAGUGUUCAAUGGCACUUUGUCUCUGGGAAUGUUUGCCUCGGUUUUCUUUCUCUCCACCAUCAGUCUUGAUCGUUAUCUUCUCACUCUUCACCCGGUAUGGUCACAGCAGCACCGAACCCCACGCCGGGCUUCCACCAUCAUCCUGGGAGUCUGGAUCUCUGCCGCUGUCCUCAGCAUGCCCUUUUUGGUUUUCAGGGAGACACAUAAAGACCAUAAAGGAACAGUGAUCUGCCGAAAUAACUAUGCUAUAUCUACUAACUGGGAGAGCAAAGAGAUUCAAGCAUUGAGAAAAUGGAUCCAUGUCUCCUGUUUCAUCAGCCGCUUCUUGCUGGGCUUUCUUCUGCCUUUCUUCAUCAUCAUCUUUUGUUAUGGGAGAGUAGCCCACAAGAUAAAAGAGAGGGGCUUGGUUAAAUCUAGCAAGCCCUUCAAAGUCAUGAUGACUGCCAUUAUCUCAUUCUUUGUGUGUUGGAUACCCUACCAUGUAUUGCAGGGCUUAAUUCUCACUAAGAAUGAGUCACUACUUUUACAGUUAACUCUGAUACUAACAGUGAUAACCACUUCCUUCAAUACCAUCUUUUCUCCCACACUCUACCUAUUUAUUGGGGAGAACUUCAAAAAAGUUUUCAAGAAGUCCAUUCUUGUUCUGUUUGAGUCAACAUUCAGUGAAGAUUCUUCCACAGAAAGGACACAAAACAUAAAUUCAGGAGCUGGAAUUCAGACUUUGGAUACGGUGUCAAUUAUACCAUGA